AUGACAGCGGAUCUAGACAACGACGUAUCCUAUAGCAUUGGAAAUUUCUGGGAAGUUUUUUUCGAGGAUAAGCGUUGGUCCAAACAGACUUCUCACAUAUGGAAAAGCUAUCAGAAGUAUGAGAAUGCUGAGAAGAAGGGAAGAUUAUCAAAACUCCAGGAAUUGGAAAACCCGGAAGACAUUUGUCACCAGGAAAACCUGCAUAAAGCCAAAAGUGAGAAGAUACUUGAAAUAAACAUGCCAGAAAGUGAGAUAUGGGACUGGCUCCAUUUUUUUAGGCAAACAUUUUUAGAUCAGCUCAAAGGUCCAUCGCCAAAACCAUCCAUAAAUCAUCCAAUAUUUAUUGAAAAGCCCCUCUCCCAGCUGCGGGGACAAUAUUGUCGUACGGAACGUACGAGACACUCGCUGAAAUCAAAGGGCAAAACCCAACUUGACUUUCUAGUCAAAAGCAUUGACUUUCCCAAUGAAGAACCUGCUGAAUUUGAGAAUAUAAAUUUGCUGGGUGAAUUUACCAAAUUACCUAGUGAAGAAGAAAGAAAGAAAAAGUUCAUCAAAUUGUCAAGGUCUGUUCGAGAGGUCUUUUGCGCUCAGCCGUUGCGUCGGUAUCUACAUGGUUUCUACUUGUUCGGAGACGAAUUUGAACUUUGGAUUUUUGAUCGAUCGGGUGCCUACAGCGCAGGACCAAAAAAGAUUGUUGAUGACAAGGAGAUGUUGGUCCGAGCAAUAAGCUCGUAUCUACUGAUGAGCAAUGAAGAACUCUGCUGCGAUAUGUCUAUCCUCCAGAAUGGAGAAGAUAGAUUUGUCCAUUUCCCCAAAAUCGGAGAUGUUCCAGGUCCAUUGUUUGAGAUCAAACCGGAACCAAUGGUGCAACCAACGAGGCUAAUAACACGAGGCACAACAUGCUUUGAAACGAAGGAUGAAAUGACGAUGAUCAAGUACUCGUGGACUAAUUCGAAAGAAAAUACCGAGAUUGACUUCUUGAACAUUGCCAAGACUGUGCGAGGUGUCGUAAAUAUUAUUGCUUCCGAAGUGAUAUAUGACACCAAAUCCCACAUGGAUAACCUAGAAAUUUCCAGUGCCACCCCUUGGGAAUUAAGUGCUGCCGAAGAUUAUACAUACUCAGGCACUCAUAAGAAAGAAAUAGUAAAACCGUCCUUUGUGAGAAACCGCCGUCUCAUUAGAAUAGCUAUGACACCAAGCGGCCGAACAAUCUAUUCCAGUGGGACGAUUCUUGAUUUUGUUAUGGACAUUCGAGAUGCCAUCAAGGGUCAUGAGGGACUAGUGGGUAAAGAGAACCUCGAUGGAGAUAUCUCUGAAGGGAAUAUAAUUUUGUUGAAGACAUCUCCAGCCAAUGACUUACAUGGUAUGUUGAUUGAUUUCGAUCUUUCCGUCAUGAUGAAAGGAAAUUUGGCCUCGGAAGAUAGACAGUCCUUGACGGGAACCAUAAAGUUUAUGGCGCUUGAGAGAUUGCAGCACGCUUGUGACACAGGAGAGUCUAUCAGACGAACUUGUCGUCAUGAUCGGGAGUCAUUUUUCAAUGUGUUCAUCGUUGGAUGCAUAGAAUAUGAAGAAGUAUCUGCGAACAAAUCUAAGAAUCUAGAUCGUUGGUGCACGAACGAGGUGGAAAACAGCUUCACAAACAAAAGAGAUAGUGUCGUACAUUUUGACAAAAUUCUCAUCAAAUUUACGGCCAGUUUCAAAGGGUUAAAGGAUUUAGCGAAGAUGCUUCGAAAAAUAUUGUUUAAUGAUGACGGAGAAUAUAUUGAGACACCACAAGACUGUGGACCUCUUUAUAGAAAAAUCAUCAAGGCAUUUGAGGAAACUAUCGAGGAUAUCAAAGUUGGAAGAAUCGAGAACAAAUUUUUCCAAGCACGUCGAAAAUAA